GAAAACAUAAACCCUAGCCACUAUGGAAUGGAACCCUCAGACUGUCCAAUUUCUCUCAGAAUGCUUCCUCCACACUCUCUCUCCGGCGCCGGAACCUCGCCGCCGAGCCGAAUCCUCCCUCGCCGAGGCUGCCGACCGCCCAUACUUCGCCCUCACUGUUCUCCGCCUUGUCGCCGAGCCAUCAAUCGACGAGCAGAUACGCCUAGCCGCCUCCGUCAACUUCAAGAACCACCUCCGCCUCUGGUGGACGAGAUCAAAUGAUGAGGAGGAGAUCAAAUCCCGCAUCCUUGAACCCGAGAAGGAGCAGAUCAAAUCCCUAAUCGUCCCACUCAUGCUCUCCGCUACUCCCAAGAUCCAAUCGCAGCUCAGCGAAGCCCUAGCCGUUAUCGGAAACCACGAUUUCCCCAAAUCGUGGCCCACUUUGCUCCCCGAACUCGUCUCCAGUCUUCAGAAAGCGUCUCAGGUCUCCGAUUACGCCUCCAUUAACGGUAUUCUCGGCACUGCUGACUCUAUUUUCAAGAAAUUUCGAUUCCAGUACAAAAGCGAGAGUCUCUUUCUUGAUUUGAAGUACUGUCUAGACAAUUUCGCUGCUCCUUUGCUCGAAAUUUUCCUCAAAACCGCGUCGUUGAUCGACGCUUCAGCCGCAUCGGCCGCAAACCUGCGACCCCUAUUCGAGUCGCAGAAGCUUUGCUGUAGGAUAUUUUACUCGUUGAAUUUUCAAGAGCUCCCUGAGUUCUUCGAGGAUCAUAUGAAAGAGUGGAUGGGAGAGUUUCGGAAAUACCUUACCACUAGUUAUCCUGCUCUUGAGAGCAGUGGUCCUGAUGGUGUUGCGCUUGUCGAUGAGCUUAGGGCUGCGGUUUGUGAGAAUAUUAAUCUUUACAUUGAAAAGAAUGAGGAGGAGUUUCAGGGGUAUUUGAAUGAUUUUGCACUUGCUGUGUGGACUUUGCUGGGGAAUGUAUCCCAGUCAUCUAGCCGUGAUCAGCUUGCUAUCACCGCGAUUAAGUUUCUGACCACGGUUAGCACCAGUGUUCACCAUACUCUGUUUGCUAGCGAAGGGGUUAUACCACAAAUUUGUCAGUGCAUUGUGAUCCCGAAUGUUAGGUUGAGGGAAGAAGAUGAGGAACUGUUUGAAAUUAAUUAUAUUGAGUUUAUUAGGAGGGAUAUGGAAGGUAGUGAUCUUGAUACUAGGAGGAGGAUUGCUUGUGAGCUACUUAAGGGUAUAGCAACACAUUACGGAGAUGCUGUCAGAAGCAUUGUUUCUGCACAAGUGCAAAGUUUAUUAAGUUCGUUUGCUGCAAAUCCAGGGGCAAAUUGGAAGGACAAGGAUUGUGCUAUAUACUUGGUAGUCUCUCUUGCAACCAAGAAGGCUGGAGCCAAUUAUGUCUCUACGGAACUUGUUGAUGUUCAAAACUUUUUUGAAUCUGUCAUUGUCCCUGAGCUGCAAAGUUCAGAUGUUAAUGGGUAUCCUAUGCUCAAGGCAGGUGCGCUCAAAUUUUUUACCAUGUUCCGGACUCAAAUAUCGAAGCAUGUCGUAUUGAAGUUUUUCCCAGAUUUGGUUCGUUUCCUUGCUGCCGAAUCGAAUGUUGUUCAUUCUUAUGCUGCAAGUUGUAUUGAAAAACUCUUGUUGGUAAAGGAUGAGGGGGGUAGAGCUCGUUAUACUUCGGCAGAUAUCAAUCCAUUUUUUGCAAUGCUGAUGAACAGUCUUUUCAAUGCCUUGAAGCUCCCAGAGUCUGAAGAAAAUCAAUAUGUAAUGAAAUGUAUUAUGAGGGUUCUUGGGGUUGCAGAUAUAUCUGUUGAUGUUGCGCGAGUUGGCAUUGAGGGGUUGGGCUCCCUUCUUGCAGAAGUUUGCAAAAACCCAAAAAAUCCCAUCUUCAAUCACUAUCUCUUUGAGUCGGUGGCCAUUCUUGUGAGGCGGGCUUGUGAGAGGGACUUAUCUCUUGUGUCCGUCUUUGAAGCAAGCCUUUUUCCUAGGCUUGAAAUAAUAUUGACCAAUGAUGUAACUGAGUUUUUCCCAUACACAUUUCAGUUGCUUGCUCAGCUUGUUGAGUUGAACAGGCCACCCAUCCCACCAAUCUACAUGCAGAUAUUUGAGAUUCUUUUGUCGCCUGAUUCGUGGAAAAGAGCCCCAAAUGUUCCUGCCCUUGUGCGUCUACUCCAGGCCUUCCUUCAAAAGGCAUCGAAUGAGAUCAGCCAAGGGGAUAGACUGACCAAAGUGCUUGGCAUAUUUGACUCACUAAUACAAUCUUCAAGCUCAUCCGAACAAGGAUUUUACGUGCUUAACACUGUCAUUGAAAGUCUUGAGUACGAUGUUAUCAAACCUUAUAUUUCUCACAUUUGGGCUGCCCUUUUUAGAGAGCUACAGAGAAGGCGGACAGUAAAGCUCAUCAAGUCUCUCUUGAUAUUUAUGUCACUCUUUCUGAUUAAACACGGUUCUUCAAAUGUUGUUGAUACUAUGAACAGUGUUCAGUCUGGUAUAUUUGUUGUGAUUCUGAAUCAAUUUUGGAUUCCGAAUCUUAAACUAAUCACUGGAGCUAUAGAGCUCAAGUUGACUGCAGUUGCUUCAACCAGACUCAUCUGUGAGUCUGCAGUCCUUUUAGAUCCGGCUGUUUCUGUGUCCUGGGGUAAGAUGGUGGACAGCAUCGUCACACUACUUUCCCGGCCAGAAGAGGAUAGGGUUGUGGAGGAACCUGACAUGCCAGAUAUUACAGAAAAUGUGGGUUAUACUGCCACCUUUGUCCGUCUUUACAAUGCUGGAAAGAAAGAAGAAGAUCCACUUAAAGAUAUAAGAGAUCCCAAGGAAUUUUUUGUUGCUUCAUUGUCCCGACUUUCUGCACUUUCCCCUGGGAGGUAUCCUAAGGUCAUCAGUGAAAAUGUUGAUCCUGUGAAUCAAGCAGCAUUGCUUCAGCUUUGCAACACUUAUAAUCUCUCAAUAGUUUGAGCGAGAGUAAGAAGGUCUUGAGUUACUUUCUCCUUUUUUUAUUAUGCUUAUUGGGUUUUUGUCAAUGUCUUUUCCUUAAUUUACAAUUGAGAUAUGGGCCUAGUGGAUGAGGGGCGCCACUACCUUAAUUCAACACAAGAUAUUGUUUCCAAAUGUUAAAUAUUAUGGAUGCAUGGUUGAUCUUUUAAGUCGUCAAAGGUUUGCUUGAAGAAGCAUAGGAAUCUGAUGUUGCUACUUGGUACAUUGAAAAUACAAAUGGAUGGGGAACACACCUGGUUCAUGAGGUCCUGUCGGGUGAUAAGACACUCUCUCCCUCAUAUAAAUGAUAUCCAGCAUACGUUAGAUCUAAUGGUUGAAAAAUUAUGGAUUGAGGGCUUCUGGCCCAUGCCGUGUAGGGCCAACCUGUAUAGUCCUAACUCACUUGAAGUCAGCCCACAUAUGAUGUGGGCCUUUUGACCUGGGCUUAUAUGGAUUAAAAUUGGGUGGGUGGGCUUAUCCAUACGAAGAGUCCUA